AUGGAAGAAGCUAGUAAUUUGACCGAAAUCGUUCCUACGAUAGAUGACGAUGUGAAAUUUGUGUUAAGGCGUUUCCAACAACCUAUCAUAUACUUUGGUGAAGGUCCGUUGGAACGAAGACAGCGGCUCAUAGAGUUCUUUUCAAAGAAUAAAAACUCCAUGGAAAGUUUUCUUUCUUCACAAGCAGAACUGGGCAAAGAAAGCAUUGCUCCCUCUAAGUCAGAGGAGCAGAAAGAUGAAGAAUUUUAUACACCAGGGCCUGAUGUGCUCUUUGAUGUGAGGGUGCGAAUAGCGGAUUCCUCCCUUAACAGAGCAAAAAUUAGGACUGAUAAGCAGAGAGAAUUGUACCAGAACUUUGAUAUGAUUACAGAACUUAAAUCCAGACGGUCGUAUUAUGCAACCUUGAAGACGAUGGAAAUCGAAGGUUCUCAGGUUAUCUCGAACCGUUUCACAUCGGCCCUAAAAUUCUCGUAUAGUAGUGCUUUCAUUGCAGCGGGAUCCUGGGAUGGUCAUUGUUAUAUAUUAGAUCCACAUUCUUUGGAUGUUAAACGGACAUUUAUGGAUGUAGGAGACGGUAAAAUUUCCACGUUGGAUUGGAUGCCGCACUCAAAUGAAAUAGUUGCCACCGGUGGAUCUGAAGGUAAUAUUACAUUACUUAACAUGUCAGCAGUACAUAUGAAGAAAUAUCCAAAAUUUUAUGGUCACACAGAUAGAGUGACAUCCCUACAGUUUAUUCCCAUCGAUAGUCUUAUUGCUAGUGCAUCGUAUGAUAUGACCUGGAGACUUUGGGAUGUCGAAACACAGAAAUCAUUAUAUUACCAGGAAGGACAUUCCAAAGAACUGACUUCAUUGAGCUGUCAUCCAGAUGGAUCACUUCUCGCCACUGCCGGUCUUGAUGCGAUCAUUAGAAUUUGGGAUAUAAGAACAGGAAAAUCAAUAGCAGCUCUUGAGAAAAAUGGACAUAUUCGUGCAAUCCAUGGCUUAGCCUGGCGCCCAAAUGGAUAUCAACUUAUUAGUGGAGGUGCAGAUAAUAACCUUAAAGUGUGGGAUUUGAGAAGAGCCGAUUCAGCUGCCACAAACACAGUGUUGGCUCAUUCAAAGGUCAUAACAGACAUUAAAAUUUCCCCCGAUGAUAAGUACAUUACAUCCUGUGGCUAUGAUGGAUAUCUGAAUUUGAUAUCAAGUGAUAACUUUUCAGUUAUUAAAAAAUUCAAAAAUGUUGACAAAUUAAUGUGUUGUGACAUCUCUUCUGAUAGUAAAACAAUCAUUACUGGCGGCUGGGACAGGUCGGUUAAAAUUUAUCACACGGAACUCUAA